GUGUGAAGUCGUCGUCGAAGUUGACCACUGUGUUUUGCGUGUUUGUACUUUUCUUGUGCAAGCGCAAAUUUUUGAAUAAAGUAAAAGUUCCAAUUUUAUAGAAUAAUCAGAGCAGUGAUUGGUUCAAUUACCAGUGAAAAGUGUUAGGGCAGUGGUCCGCGAGCUCUCGGAUCGGGAAAUCUAAGCACAGGAUUCAAAAUUUGCUGAUUUUCACCGUCCUCUUUCUUGUGGGGGUAAAUUUAAAACUCUGUUCCGUACCUAUAGGGGAAUGAUGGGUGCAGAGGAUAGCAAGAAGCAAGCGGGGCAAGAAGUAGCGAGGCAAGCAAACUGGUGGCUGAAGUUAAUGAGUUGUGCAAGCAGCAGCAACGAAUGAAAUCAGUGAAGAAAUCGAAGUGAAAAAUAAUACAUGCAUACGUAUUGCGUGAAAAUACUGCUUAAAAUUGGGGCAGGUGCGUUUUAAUUUGAGGAUAAAAUGCACGUUGAGUGUUGGUAGAAGGCUGCUUGUAAGCAGAUUGGCUCUCUUGUACGGAAAGGAGCAUUUUUUAAUGCGAGUGUAAAAAUAUUUCAAUCGUGCAGUGCAGUGAAGAGUGUUGCAUGUUGAGAAGCGAAAAAAAGGCCAAGAAAGUCAUCGGUUGCGAGUGGGGAAAAAAAGAGAGAAUCCGAUGUGUGUGUGUAAAACUACUAGCAGCAUAAUCCCUGCCCCUACCUAUGGCAUCUACUUAGCAAUCAACAAAGAAUCGUGUAAAGUGAAAUUUGUGUAAUUUUUGAAGAAAUCGAUUGUUUUGGUGGAGAAUCCGAAGCGCCUAUAAUCGUCUGCUGAAUAAUAUGCAGCCAUUGAUUCUUCGAUAAAAAGUUCCCACCACGCCUCAUCUUUUAAAUGGCAGCACCGAAUGCUGAUGUCAUGCGUGGCAGUGGACCUUCUGCUGUUGCUCCUGGCUCAGCAAUUCAGCAAAUCACGCAUCAUCAGUUGCCAUCUAAUAUACCACAUCAACAGCAGCAACAUUCAAUCCCACCGAACCAUCACAUCCAGCAACUGCAGAAUCUAACGCAACAAACGGUGACAAUAGCAGCGCAUCACCAUGUACCGAACAACCAAAAUGCAGUUGUGCACCAUCACCAUCGAGUGCAGCAGCACCAUCCUCAGCAGCUGGUUCAACAGCCGGCGCACCCUUCCAUGCAGCACAAGAUUGCCCAGUACAGUGGAAAUAUUAGCAAUUUGAUGUUUCCUUCUUCCGAAAAUCUUUCCGGGGCAAGUAGCGACACAAGUGCCAGUGCAAGUGAUAUGAGCAAUGCCUCGGUUGUAAAUAUAGCUAGUGUGAAUCAGUCAAUGAGUAUCCCUACGAAAGAGAGUGUAGCGUCCUUAGCAAAUAGCAGUAAUAACAAUCCUGUUCUGAACAGGAUUACCACAAAUGUUGUUGGUAACAUUCCAGCGGAAAACGUACAAGUUAUUCAGCAGCCGGGUGACACUAUGUCGCCGAAAGCCGGCAGCUCUGUGGCACGGAAUAAUGUUGCACCCGGUUGGCGAAGGAUAAAAUAUAAUUGUGAGAUUAUCUACAUAAGUCCUUCCGGUGCAGCACUUCGGAAUUUCAAUCAAGUCAAGGAGUAUCUCCUGAGCGGCGGCACAUGCAAAUGUGGUCUUCCUUGUCCCUUUCGCCCCGAAGCGUUCUUCGAGUUCGAUUCUCAGGUUCCUAAUGCAACGUUGGACAUUAACAGCAAUAUACCUCACAAUUUCUGUUUACAUCAUACACGAUACAUGGAAAAGGUAGAACUUGUUCGGCGGGGGAAGAAAACCUUGAGCACUGAUAGUGCGAAAACAGAUCAACAUCCAACACUUCCACAAGUAGAACCUGCUUCUUUACCAAUGCACGACGUGAGGCUUUCCAUUUCCACAAAUGUUAGUUCAAAUCAAGGAGCAUCGUUAGGCCAAAAUGCGCUUCAUCAAAGUGAUAAGGAUAUCACCAGUAUUCCACUAUCUAAAACCCCACCGUGGCGAAAGAAUGCGUGUUCCACGUCUUCUGGUUCAGCACCUUCAAAUCCCGUCACGGUUGUCGUAAAUCAACGCCAAAUGCAGUCUCCCUCGAGCGCAGUGCCACUGAAAAGUCCCGUACAAAGUAUAAAUCAAAACGAGCAAAUAGUCAAAAGUAGUAGAGCAAUCAGCGAGUCACCUAACCCGCCUGGUUGGACAAAUGAAGGCCUGCGAGUGCCAUUGGAGGAUGGUAAAGUGAAGUCGAUAUCCAAGAAGCGGCCAAAUUUCAAAGAUGAUCCUACGGGGUACCUUAAUCAACAAACAGCCAUCCUUCAUAGUUCUAUUUCAACCCUACACAGCCCGGAUGGGUCGUCGUCUUCUCAGGAAAGUCCACAGCUCAAAACGGUGGUUGGUUUCGAUAGUGGAGAAGGGAAAGAAUCGUCCGAAAGAGCAGAAAGAGGCAUUGUAAGCAGCAACACGACUACCAUAGGUGGUCAAACCGUGACCCAUGUAGCAAAUGGCAUGGUUCAGGUGCAGCAGAACUGUGAUAUUAGUCAUAUGAAAUUUCAACAACAACUCCAAUUCCAACAGCAGUUACAACGACAAAGUCAACUCAUUCGACAGCACCACGAACAAAUCCAACUGCUGCAGCAACAUCAGCAGCAGCAGCAGCAACAAAGCAUCACAGAUGAAGAUGCAUCCAAAGCGAGAUCCCCUGUAUCUUCAGGUGCCAUUACGAUGAUAACAAGUCGAACUCCUGACAUAACAUCCACCUCUUCUAUCACUCCUGAUCCGAAAGGUCCAGUUCAAGGAGGAACUGUGUCUACUAGCAACCGCAGUCCAUUGUUUCAAACUAGCGUAGGUGUAAUCCGAUCCGAAUCUCCUGAAAUGUACGGACUUCGAAAUCUCGGUCAAGUCAGCAGCGUUGGCGUUAAUGUGUCCAAAAAUCAAAGCUUCAUAACUGCUGGACCUUUACGCAAUACGAUAGCCACGAUUCACACCGGUGGUAAACCUGUUAUUGGUUCUGUGAACAAGGCUAUGAAAGCCGAUCUGUCCAGAGAACCGGAAAAUGAAAAAGUGAUAGUACAAAGCAAUGUAUCAUCUAAUUCGCCAGGCUUAGUUCACGGGUUUACGCAUCAAACUACACAACAAGGUCAGCUACUGACUCAGCCACAACAGGUUCUGAUGACUUCUAGUGGGCAGAUAAUCGUGAUGUCGGCACAACCGAAUAAAAAUUCUGGUCAAGUUGUUGUUAGUAACAAUUCUGCCCACAGUGGUGCUCCGUCAAAUCUGAUAACUCAGCAGCAAUCGAUGGUGGGAGGCAAUAACACGCAGUACAUGAACAUUGCUGGUCCAGCGGGCACUGUCACCACUGUUGCGACCAACAUGAGUGCAAAUAACAGUGGAAUUAUGCAAAGCAUUGCCCAGCAGCAGCACCAACAACAACAACAACAUAACAUCAUUCAUCCCGCCCAACCGAAUGCAAAUUCCAACUUCUUGAUCAACUCCCCAAAUAAUAUGCAAUCGACUGUGAUAUUGAAUAAUGGAAACGUAAUUCAACAAACAGGACAACAAAUCCUGACCUCACCCAAUAAUUCGCAAGUAAUCCAUUCGGGGAAUGUCCUCACGACGGCAACAGCAGGGUCAAAUCUAGCAUCGAAAGUGAUAUCCAAUGCAGGAAACGGAGGUUUGAUUUCCAAUCACCUGCUGAAUGCCAACAACAACGGGGCGUCGUCCAUGCAGUCCAAUACCGGUGGUGUUAUUUCUCAACAAUCCGGCACAACGAUGGUAUUGAACAGUCUACCUCCAAAUAGUAUUGUCAUUCAACCAAACUAUAGUUCAGUUGCCGACGGAGGACAAAUAGUUAAUCAGGUUGUUAAUCAGGAUGGUACCACCACCUCCUUUGUGCAACACCAAAACCAACAGCGUCAAAUUUUACUUUCACCUGAUUCUAAGAGAAAAGCCAAAAAGCGAAAAAGCAGCGGAUCGGGAAGUGCUACUAUUUCACCGGGUAGCAUUUCCCAUCAGACACAAACAGUCCAAAUUACCGCACCGCAUCCCCCGCAGCAGCAUCAACAGCAAGCUACAAUCCAACAACAAGCUAUUCAAUCAGUCAACCAAGCUGGUACAAUGCUACAGCUUGCUCCUCAGUAUUCCACGCAAAGCUUCCAGUUGAGUUCUGGAAUCUCAGGGCUCACAAUUGUCCCAAAUAAAAACCCACAGCAACAUCAGCAACAGCAGCAAAUCCUUCUUCAAAAUGGGCAAAUUAUCACCCAACCGUACAACAUAAUUAGUCAACAAGUAUUGUUACCUGCCGGUUUGGUAAUGACACCGGAUGCCACAUUAGUUCAAAUUCAAAAUGUUGCUACUCCAUGCGGAAGCAUAAUAACGACUCCCCAGGGAAUGGUGAUACGAGCCCAAAGUCCUCAUCAGCAAAAGAGUUUCAUUUCCCCACAUACCGGCCAGCAGUUCAUUGUGAACAACAAUGGCCAAGUUAGUCCAAUGGGUGCUCAAAUCUACGGAGGACCUGUCAACAUAGUCGUUCCUCAGCAGCAGGCUGGACCUGCUGCUAAUUCGUUUGUUCAACAAAAUACAACCAUUGUUCAACAGCAACCUAUCGUUCAUCAACCUGUUCAGGUUCAAACUGCAGCGAAUCUAAACACGAGCACCGAUAGCAAUAGUACGGCUAGCGAGAGUCCUUCGCUGCCCACAACUCCUCAACCACCGAUGCAUCAGCCACAGAAGAGCCAUUCGUCGUAUCUGUCUGGUACGGCGUCACCCCCCGACACGACGACGCACAGUCCCAACAGCCCGGAUUGUGCGUCGAGCGAGAAGAGUGCUGGCAGUGCGGAUAGCAUGAACAUGGCUAUGGUUCAGUGUGUCUCUAGUUCGGAACCGGAUCUUGUGUUACCAACAGUUGCGGAAGGCGCACAAUCGCCUUCAGAUUCGCAGGAAUAUUUUGAGCAUGGAGGUGGUUCUUCAUAUCAGCGCACCAUUUGUAAACCAUCGGAGUCGAAAGUAAGACGCAUGCAACCUUCCACCCACCUGCCACUAUCGUCCUUUGUCCGCAGUACCAUUGGUGAGGGCAGUAGCAGCACCGGCAACAACAACAGUAAUAGCAACAGUAGCAACAUCACAAGCAACCUUAGCACUAGCCUUUCACAUCACCACCAGAUUCAUAUUGCAUCACAGCAACAAUCUCGUCAUCAUCAAAGUCACCACUCAGCAGAAAUAAUGCGCCAAGGAAGUUCACCGGCCCACGGUGUUCAACCUGAUUCUCAUGACCCACCAACGCAAGUUUCUGUGCAAGAAAAUACAGCACCGAGUCCAAGUCCGGUCGUUUCUCCCGGUGCCACACAUAGCAGUGCUAACGGGGCAACAACGAGAUCAUUCAGCGUUGGUGAGCUGGUCUGGGGAGCAGUUCGUGGUUUUCCGGCUUGGCCAGGCAAAGUGAUAGACUCUCCGGAUGAUGGCCGUACGAUUCCCGUGGAUUGCGUUUGGGUCCGUUGGUUCGGUGGCCGUCCAAAUGCGGAAAUGGUCGCCGUAAACGGGUUGAAAACCUUGUCCGAAGGCCUCGAAGCUCAUCACCGAGCACAGAAGGACGCCAGAAAGGGACGAAAGCUGAAUUCUCAACUAGAACGCGCCAUUCAGGAAGCAAUGAUGGAGUUGGAUCGUGCUUCUGGAACCCCAUCUCCGGCACCAUAUGGAGCUACCUCAACAAGCUCGACAGUUAUGACUACCAAGUCCAUUGCAAUCAAAGCAUCACCUACGAGUAGUAGUAGUAGUAGCAGCAGUAAUAGUAGUAGCAUUGUGCCGGGUGCCAACAUUAACAACAACAACACUGUAUCUCUCAUCACAUCUGGUAGAGUUACAAAGGUGGCACGUGGGGCAAAAUCGAAGCUUGUAAAAAUAGCACCAGCACCACCCAGUACCGUUGAUUCUAGUCCUACGUCAUCGGGCAUCAAUUGUUCAAGUUCGGCUGCGGCCAUCGUAGCGCGUAUUAAAAUGAAGUAAG